UCUCUUUCAUUUCAAAUUUGUUGGCCGCUGAAGAAGGUUGGUGUUAAAACUUUUAUUUCUUGAAAAAUAAAAAAAAUACUUUAAAAAUGUCGGAUUCUUCAGAUAAUUCAGAAAAUGAAAAUCUCUCCGAAGAAGAAAAUGAAUCAAUCGAAGGCGACCAAGAAGAAGAACAGGCCGGAAGUGAUUCGAAUUCAGAAGCUAAUGACGAUGAAGAAAAACCCAAGGAUGAAGUUGUAACGUGGAAAAGUUUGGGUCUACUUGAUACAUUAUGUGAAGCUUGUACGGAAUUAAAAUGGAAAGCACCUUCAAAGAUUCAGAAGGAAGCAAUACCAGUUGGCUUACAGGGCAAAGAUAUAAUAGGCUUGGCCGAAACUGGUUCCGGAAAGACUGGAGCCUUUGCCUUACCAAUUCUACAGAGUUUAUUGGAGAAUCCACAGAGAUACUUCGCCUUGGUUUUAACACCAACGCGUGAAUUAGCUUUCCAAAUCUCUGAACAAUUUGAGGCACUCGGAAGCUCCAUUGGCGUUAAAUGCUGCGUCAUAGUCGGAGGAGUGGACAUGGUAUCGCAAGCUCUUCAACUUGCCAAGAAGCCCCACAUAGUUAUUGCCACUCCCGGUCGGUUACUUGAUCAUCUUGAAAACACAAAAGGCUUCAAUCUGAAGGCCAUAAAAUACUUGGUCAUGGAUGAAGCCGAUCGAAUUCUAAACAUGGACUUCGAAGUAGAGUUGGAUAAGAUUCUCAAAGUCCUUCCCCGAGAGAGGAGAACAUACCUCUUCAGUGCGACUAUGACAAAGAAAGUCAAGAAACUUCAGAGAGCAUCCCUCAAGGAUCCCGUAAAAGUUGAGGUCUCAAACAAAUUCCAAACAGUGGAGCAACUGCAGCAGUUUUACAUCUUUAUUCCGGUUAAAUUCAAAGACGUGUACUUAGUGCAUAUCAUCAAUGAAUUGGCGGGAAAUUGCUUCAUGAUAUUCUGCAGUACGUGCAACAACACAGUUAAAACGGCUUUGAUGUUGAGAGCUCUGGGCUUGGCUGCGAUACCCCUUCACGGUCAGAUGUCUCAGAACAAACGACUUGCAGCUCUGAACAAGUUCAAGGCAAAGAAUCGUUCGAUAUUAAUAUCCACAGAUGUUGCAUCUAGAGGUUUGGAUAUUCCCCAUGUGGACGUUGUUCUUAAUUUUGACAUACCCACACACAGCAAAGACUACAUCCACAGAGUUGGACGAACUGCUCGUGCCGGGCGAUCUGGUAAAGCGAUAACAUUUGUCACUCAAUACGAUGUGGAAUUGUAUCAGAGAAUCGAACAUUUGUUGGGCAAGCAAUUGCCACAGUAUAAAUGUGAGGAGGACGAAGUGAUGGCCUUGCAAGAGAGAGUUGGCGAAGCGCAGAGAACAGCUAAGCUUGAGUUAAAAGACUUGGAAGACAGUAAAGGUUCGAGAGGAAAGUUUAAGAAUACAGACUUUGACGAUUCAGAGCAAUUUUCGGGUGCUCGAAAGAGAAUGAAACCAUCGGGUGGCGGGGGCGGAGGGAAGGGAAAGAAGAAUUGGAAGAAGGCGAAAAAGUAAAAUAUUGUAAUUUAUGUGAUAAAUAUAAUUUAUUUUUUAAGAAAAAAGAAA